AUGGACUCAUCCCUACAUCCGCUAUCUGGCCUAUACAAGCCUCAUCAGCUGAAGGCUCUUUAUUACGGACCUGACGUGGUCAAGAAUCACCUCCUCUCCGUCCUGCCAAAGGACAGCUCAAAGGCAUUUAUCAUCACCGGCAGCUCGCUCGCCACAAAGACGCCACUUAUCAAAGAGCUAGAAUCUCUGCUAUCAUCCAAGCACCAUGCCGGGACGUUCAGUAACAUCAAGGAACACGCCCCAAUCGCUCAAUUAGAUGAAGCCACCGAGCAAGUCAAGGCAGAUGAGACCAUCGACACCAUUAUCUCCGUCGGAGGUGGCUCGCCUAUCGACAGCGCGAAAGCUAUUACCUACCGAGUCAACGAGGUCUCGCAGAAAUGGCUGCUUCAUAUCACGAUCCCCACGACGCUCUCCGCAGCUGAGGGCACAUCUAUCGCCGGAUACACUCAGUCGGACGGUGUCAAGACAGGUAUUUCACACCCCAACGUGUACCCGGCACAUAUUUUCUAUGAUUCAAAAUUCGGUCUAUACACCCCACCAAGCCUGUUCCUAUCGACAGGUCUGAGAGCACUAGACCACGCUGUCGAAACUCAGUACCAUCCACAGGCCACCUGGAUCCCCACACGACUCGUAGCGCUCAGCGCCAUCCACGAGCUCUUCACACUCUUGCCGAAAUACAAAGCCGACCCCAAGAACGAAGACAUCAUAACAGGCCUGUUUCUCGCCGCAUAUGCCAGUCUGGGAGUUCUAGGCCAGAACCUAAAAACUGGCCUGGGCCUGUCGCAUUCACUGGGGUACGCAUUGGGCUCGCCCUACGGCAUUCCUCAUGGGAUCACAUCGUGCCUUACGUUGGGCCACGUCGUGAAACUCAAAGCACGACAGUCGCCGGACAAUGCAGAGCAGAUCGCCAAGAUCCUCCCGUAUAUCUCGGAGUCUUCGACUGGGGAUAACGUCAAAGACAGCGAUCUCAUUGGUGAUAGAAUUCUGGGGUUGGUGCAGCACUUGGGACUAAAGACGACUUUGACCGAGAAAGGGGUCGGGAAAGAUCAGCUGGACAUCAUCUGUGCGCGAGCGACUGGUGGUCUGAUGCCGAACAAGGAAAAGACUAAGCAGGAAGAAGAGACAUUUAACGCCGUGAGGACACUCGUUGAGGGUCUUUGGUAG